CAAUCAUGCAGUGUUAGAGUGAGCAAUGAAUUAGGAGCAGGAAAUCCAAAAUCAGCCUCAUUUUCUGUUUUGGUGGUGACAGUGAUUUCUUUUAUAAUAUCAGUUAUUAUAGCACUUGUGGUUCUUGCUUUAAGAGAUGUCAUAAGCUAUAUCUUCACCGGAGGAGAAGAGGUUUCUGCCGCUGUCUCAGAUCUUUGUCCUCUCCUCGCUCUUGCCAUCGUCCCCAAUGGCGUUCAACCUGUCUUAUCUGGGGUGGCUGUUGGAUAUGGAUGGCAAAGCUUUGUUGCAUAUGUAAAUGUUGGUUGUUAUUAUGGAAUUGGCAUACCUUUGGGUUCAGUUCUCGGUUUCUAUUUCAAAUUCGGUGCCAAGGGAAUAUGGGUGGGAAUGUUAGCUGGGACAGUUUUGCAAACAAUUAUUUUAGUGUGGUCUACAUUUCGAACCGAUUGGAGUAAAGAGGUUGAAGAAUCAAGAAAGAGGUUGAACAAGUGGGAGGACAAGACUGAUGAGACACUCCUUAAGAACUGAGAGGCCCUUUGUUUUGCAAUUAGAUUAAGAUGUCAUUAGUCCAAAUGAAUCAGUGUUGUGAUAUAAGAUUAAGCAAUUUUUUCUUCUUUCUUUGAAAAGUGACAAACUAUAGAAAUUAUGUUAAUGUCAUGUAAAAUUCAGUGUAUGAUUGAUUGUGUUCAUAUAGUUGCGAGGAAGUUGUGUAUAUUUGUUGGCAAUGUAUAUGAUCAGCAGAAUGCAUUAUGCUAGGGAUGGUAUGGUAUGGUGUGUUUGUGGUUUGCUAUCUAUUGUAAAUUGUUGAAUAAAAUU